AUGGUCAAAGCUGUUGCUGUCGUCAGAGGUGAUUCUACUGUUAAGGGCAUUGUUACAUUCGAGCAGGCUACCGAAAGUGAGCCAACUACCAUCAACUACAACAUUGAAGGUAAUGAUCCUAAUGCUUUAAGAGGAUUCCAUAUCCAUACUUUUGGUGAUAACACCAAUGGUUGUACUUCUGCUGGCCCUCACUUCAAUCCAUUUGGUAAGACUCAUGGUGCUCCAACUGAUGAGAUCAGACAUGUUGGUGAUUUGGGUAACAUUAAGACUGAUGCAAAUGGUGUUGCCAAAGGCACUAUCAAGGAUAAGCUUGUCAAGUUAAUUGGUGAGAACUCCAUUCUUGGAAGAACUGUUGUUGUUCAUGCUGGCACUGAUGAUUUGGGCAAAGGUGGUAAUGCAGACUCCUUGAAGACCGGUAAUGCUGGUGGCAGACCAGCCUGUGGUGUUAUUGGAUUGUCUGCUUGA